AUGCCAGACGCUGACCCGGAUGCGACUUCUGUCAUGGCGCCCGGCUCCAUGACCGGGACUCUGCUCGACGUUCUUCAGGACCAUGUUACUCGGUCGCUCGCCGAACAGCUAACCAAGGAGUUCAUGAACUCGCCCGAUUUUCAGCAUCUCAGGCACCCGGUGAUACAUAUUGAAGCGCGCCUGGAAGAGCGUUCAUCAAAGACGGAGCGAGAAGAAACUCCCCAUGACCUGCUGUUUUCGCACUCGGUCGACCUGUCCGAAAUAUCACAGCAGCAGUCCUCCUCUUCACAGUAUUACAAUGCAUCGCCGUUUGGAGGCGGCAUCAUCUCUCACGAGCAGCAGCAGGUUGCCGGAAUCAUCUUACCAGAUGACCAAGUUCUUGAACAAAGCGACAUGCAGGGUGCAUCAGGCCCCAUCUCGCCAAUGUCUCUGAGGUCAUCACCCGCGGAUAGUGAUUAUGAGUCCGACACUUCAACUCCUACGCCGCCUGUACCCGACAACAUGGGCCGCCAGGGUCUGGGCGGCCUACGUCCAGCCCGAGCACUCUCGAUUCCUACUGAGACGGAGGGAACCAGCGGACGACAGAUCCAGAGUGGUGACAAGUUCCCCAAGCGCCGCGCAAUGAAGCCCCCGGGCCAUUCACUCCAGCCGUCAACUUUGGAUAAGCUCAUCAUCGGUAUCUGGGAGCAAAUCUACCGCAAUGUCAACCUGGAACCUCAAGGCUAUCUAGACUUCCUCCACGUGGAAGCUCCUCACCCCAGUUAUGGCGGAACUGUGCUUGAUAUGGGUCACGUUCGCCACGGCAACCAAUACAUCGCUCAGCCGGCUGCAGGAGGCUCGUUCAACCGCAUGAAUACACUCUGCCGGCAGGUAACCCAAGCAAGUCGAACAUGCAGGUCCCUCGAGAUCGUGGUACAAGCACGCUGGGUCGAGUACUUCAACGAAUAUGUUGACUCCUGCGCACUCACAAACCCAAUCGUGCCCCGUACGAAACACAACAAAGCUGCUCUCUCGGAGGCUUGUUUCGACUUUGGAUGGACCGAGAAGGAACUUCGCAAUAAGAUGUACAUCUGGCGGGGGUACAAAGAUAUCAAGGAUGCCGGCGGCUGGGCCGCUUUGGUGUUUUCUGGUAUGGGAAUCUACAGAUUCUCGAAGUAUCGCAUCGGUUUCGGCGAAGACAGCAUGCAGCGUUUGCGAACUUUGCGACCGUUAUUCGAGGUGGCUGCCGACACUCUGCAUCCUGGCUGGAGGUACCUACUUGGGGUAGUAGGCGAGUCCACGCAACAAGUCUACACGGAACACCCCCACGACUGGGUUGUUUUUCUCGACGGUUCGCCUCCCGUGCCCCUGCAAACAACAUAUAUGCAGUGGGACCCCGACUUCUCUUACAGACAGGUAGACGAGAGCAUUGUGGAUCAGACAGCAUGGGGAUGCGACGACCCACGGUGGACUCCUCCAUUGGACGCCAUCAUCAGAGGAGCAGCAAUGCCACUUUGCGAGGUGUGCGGUAAACAACAGUCCGACGAUCCCAUCCAGAAUAGCUGCUACUGCUUCCCGACACUAUUCGGAUGUGCCAAGACGAGCCCCAGCCCGGUGCUGAUAUAUCACACUCCGAACGGCCGGAACAACGGCGUGAUUGCGCUCUGUCCUUUUGAGCGUGGAUCUCCUGUUGGCGAGUUCGUGGGUCUCAUCACCAAAGGCUUUCAAGAUGUUGACGUUUUGGAAAGCUCUACUCGAUUGGAGAAAUAUCAGAUCUGGCAGGGGCAGCAGGGCAAUUUUACUCGUUUCGUCAACCACAGUUGCAAGGCGAACGCCCAAUAUCAGCGCUUCACUUGGUUGAAUACACAGCGGAUCAUUUUGGUUAGCAAGGGGAUAGAGGCCGGCGCUGAGGUUACGGUUGAUUAUUCGGACAAGUACUGGAGAGGGCUGGACAAGAAAUGUCUCUGCGGCGAAGCCUGUUGCAAGUACAAGUAA